GGACCGAGACUGAAGGAGAAGCCGAGGAACAAGUUGGGAAAAAGAGCGUCCUUGCUGCUCUGCUACCAGCAUGAGCGCACCGUCUUCAGGCCGGAAGACUCCGGUGGACCACGGCGUCCAGAUCCGCUUCAUCAACGAUCUCCACGACACUGGUGGAGGGCAGCCUGGGUCCCAGCCCAAGAAAAAGAUCCACAAUAAAUACGGCGUCGCAGUGAGGGUGCAGGGGAUCGCCGGGCAGCCAUACGUGGUCCUGAAGGACGGCCAGAAGGGGGAUUCGUACGGGGUCCAGCUCAGGACCCAUUACCCCUCCGGCUUCAACAGCCUUCCCCGCAGCAGAGACAAGCCAGAACCAGGAACCGAGGGGGCAGAUGUAGGAGGAGGAGGGCAGGCGGGAGCUCUACGUCGGGCUCAGUCGCAUGGGUCGCUGCUGGACAGGGAUGGCAACGAGGAUUUUCAGCUGUCUAGACCACCAGGGGAUGGGAAGUCUGGUAGUUACGGCAAUCUGGAUGCAGGAAUUGGAGUAAGGGGGGACAGAGAGCAGAGCUGGCCUGCCAGGAGUAGAGAUGGGAGCAUGGAGAGGAAUAUGUGGGAUGGUUCGUAUCAGACAGGGCUGGACCGAUCAGCGAGGGACCACCAGUCACACCCUGAACCUCCCCAACAAGCAAACCACGCGAAUCAGCGCCCUGUCAACAGACUGAAGAACAAGUUCGAUGCCGGCGGCCAACAGAGAGGAAGAGCGACAUCUCCUCUUGUCACCCACAACUCCUACACAUCGCCUCCGUCCUCAAAUCACAGCAGCUUGGGACGCAACCAGGUCGCCAGAGCUCCGGGACACUCAGCCAAUCAGUGGGCGUCGGAGGAAACUCCAAGUCUGACCGAGGCACAAGUGACCCCUGACCUUUUGCUGGACCAGGGUCACAGUGCAGAGAUGAGCAGCGAGGAUGAGGAGCAGCUCACGCAGAUGAUAUACAACAUCCUGAGACAAGGGAGCAGCGAGAGUGAUGUUAUCAUCCGGCACAAAGUCAAGAUCAUCUGUCAGAAGAUUCCAAACACAAAGCCCACAGAAAGCCCCAGAGAGGAGUGGAUUAGAGAAAAAAGGGAGCUUGAGACAAAGGUGGCCAAACUACAAACCGCCCUGCAGGAAGAAAGGAGGGACUCUGUUAGCAACUCGGAUCCCGCUCUGAAAGCCGAGCUAGAGUCCUGUCUGGAUGAAAACGUGCAGCUGCAGGAGACGCUGGGCCGCAAGCAGAAGGAGUUGAAUGAAACACAAUCAGAGCUGACUCAGCUGCGAAUGGAUCGGGAGAACGCAGAGACUCGGGUCAGGACGAUGGAGGACCAGCUGGCCGAGCUUCAAGAUGAACUGAGAAGAGAGAACGGCAACAAGACGGACCUGAUGUCCUGUCAAACGCAGCUGAUGGAGGUCUGCCAGCUGAAGCAGAAGCUGGAGGAGACGCUGAGGCAGCGAGAGAGGGAGCUCACAGCGUUGAAAGGCGCUCUGAAGGAAGAGGUGGCGUCUCACGACAAAGAGAUCGAGGCCCUCCGAGAGCAGUACAGCGUCGACAUGGAGAAGCUCCGCGGCAGCAUGGAGCAGGUGUCUCAGUCUCACGCGGGGAUCGAGGCCGAGCGGCUGCGUGUGAAUGCAUCGGUUCGCACUCUGCAGCAGCAGCUGGAGGACUGUCGAGAUGAGAGCAGCCACUGGAUGGAGCAGUUUCACACCACCAGAGAUGAGCUGCGAACGGCUAAACAAGAAGAGCCACCCAGCAACCCUGAAACACAACUCCUGCAAACCCGUCUAGAGAAAGAGGAGUUUGAGGAGGAGCUGAAGGAGGUCCGGGAUAAAGUGAGCACCAUGAAGCAGCAGAUGCCAGAUCCCAGCCACACGCAGACUCUCAACCAGGAGCUGCAGCGAUGCAACGCCGACCUGCAGAAGACCAGAUCUGAUUUGGAGAAGCAGAGGACAGAGUACGACAAGAAGAUCAUGGAGGUCAUCUCCAUAAAGAAGUCUCACCAGGACCAGGAGGCUGAACUGAAGUACGAAAUUGACCGGCUCAAGGACCAGCUACAGCGAGCCAAGGAUGACUUCAGCAAGGCACAAGAGAAAAACAAACGGCUCCCAGACCCAGCCACCAUCACAGAGCUGGAGCAGAAGCUUGGAGAUGCACAAAGUGAAGCUCGCCAGCUCAAAGAGAAACUCUCGUCGGCUGAAGACGAGCUGGAGUCCAGCAAAACACGUCUGAGUAGAGCUCAGAUAGACUUGAAUUCUCUGCAAGACGCCCAGCAGGAGCAGGAGGAGGCCAACGCUCGUCUCAAAGAGAAGCUCUCCAGAUUAGAGGCGCAGCUGCAGACCAACGCCACGGAGAGCUCGGAGGCGGAGCUCGCCCUCCACGCCGAGGUCAGAGGUCUGAGGUCUGAGCUGGACGAGGCCAAGAGGAAAGCUUCCAGAGCGAAUCAGGAGCAACGCGAGCUCAGCCGGCGUCUGGAGGAGUCAGAGAAGGACAAGGACACGCUCAAACAGACUGUCAGCCAGCUGGAGGAGACCAAACGUCAGCAGGAGAGAAGUCUGGAGAAGCUCACCAAGGAGUGUGAUUCUCUGAACGCCUCCUCCAGAGAGGAGACGCAGGUUCUCAGGGUUCAGCUGGAGGAGCAGAGGGAGAGGGCACGCAAGGAAAUGCAGGAGGCGCAACGGCAUGGAAACGACGCUCAGUCGGAGCUGGAAAGAACCAACAUUAGUCUGAGGAGGCUGGAGGAAGAAAUGUCACGACAGAAGAAGGAGCUGCUGCUGGUUUGCGAGGAGAGAGACAACCACCAGCUGGAUAAAGAGCUCCUCACCAACAGACUGCGACACCUCGAAGGAGAAGUCGAAACCGGCAAGAACAGCCUCAACGAGAAAAGCCGGGAGGUUCGCAUCCUGGAGGACAAGCUGAAGCGUUUGGAGCUGGAGCUGGAGGAGGAGAAGAGCAGCGCAGAGAUGAUGACGGACCGAGUGGCCAGGAGCCGAGACCAGAUCGAUCAGCUUCGCUCUGAGCUCAUGCAGGAGAGAUCCUCCAAACAGGACCUGGAGCUGGACAAGAACGCCAUGGAGAGACACCUGAAGGAGUUGAGGAGUCGAGUCGCCGACAUGGAGGGCCAAUCUCGGUCCUCGGCCGGAGUCUCACAGCUGGAGAACAAAGUCCAGGAGCUGGAGGAUCGUCUGCGUGCUGAAGACAGAGAGAAAAGCACGAUGUUGGCGUCGCAGCGUCGACUGGAGAGGAAGCUGAAAGACCUCAACAUGACGCUGGAUGAGGAGAGGCACACACACAGCGAGCAGAGAGACCAGCUUUCUCUGAGAGUGAAGGCCCUGAAGAGGCAGGUGGACGAAGGCGAGACUGAGCUGGAGAGGAUCGACGGCCUGAGGAGGAAAGCUCAGAGAGACAUGGAGGAGCAGAUGGAGCUCAAGGAAGCCUUGCAGGCCCGAGUCUCGGCUCUGGAGACGGAGCUCAAGAGGAAAGCUCAGGCAGCGAUGCGUCCCGCUUUGGAUUCAUCGGCCCUGAGCUCGGACGACGACGACAACGACAGCCUGUACGAUUCCUCCGCCAUCACCUCCAUCCUCACCGAGAGCAACCUGCAGACCAGCUCGUGCUGAAGCCGGGCGACGCCGGAGGGAAGUGGGCCGCUCUGUAGGCCGGGAGCGAAGCCAAAAAGGCAGAACGGUAUGCAGCGCAGACAAUGAGGGAGGGUCUGGGAGGUAGAUCCCACGCUGAGGUUAACAGGGGACUGAUUUUCCACAGCAGAGUGAAUGGAAGGAAACAAACACAUCCUCAGCGUUUCAGGGAAUUUCCUCCAAGUCUACGAUAUUCACAGAUGCUCUCCACGGUACAGCUGUAAGAACGAAAGCGUUUAAUUGGUCUCGAAACACUGGCAGCGUCGUGUUUUUGUUUUUUCACAGCUGGUUAAAGGUUCCUGCUUCAAUAAAAGAGUCAAAGUAAAACUGCCAAAAUGUAGAAAAAUGCAGCUGAUAAACAAGAGAAAGAAAGAGAAACUAAAACAUGACAGUUCAGAGGAACAUACUGUACCUGUUGCUCUGCUACAUUUACGCGUAUUCAGAUUAACAAUCCAAAAGAUUGCACCUCAUUAUGAGGUUAAAAUAAAACUUUAUUGAUCCCCAUACAGACUAAAAUUUACAAAAUACUCACCUUUACCAGCACAGCAUCAGUGCAUCAAUAAUUAUAAUCCAUAUACGUGAUUCUUAUAUGGACCAUUCUGCUUAAAGAGUACUUUUGGUGCUUUUGCUGUUGAAUGCAGGACUUUCACUUGGAACAGAGCAUUUCUACACUGUGAUAUUUGGUACUUUAGAUAAGAUCUGAUGUAAUAUAAACGAGUUUUGACGCUAAUUAAACUGACAAAUCCACAUCAUGCACUUGGUACACUAAAUAUCAUGAGGCACUACACUACGGGCUAGUGCAGCUUCCAGAAAAUAACAUAAGUAGGAUAUACCUCUUACACUCUUGUGGUACAAAUUCACUGUCGGACCAUUUCAGGGUCAAGCACUUCUGUGAAAAACAUAAUCACUAUAAUAUUCUCAUCGUUCCCUGGUGUCGACGGUUUACACGCUUGGUUUCCUCUGUCAACACCCGACUGAACCUGUGACUUCUUUAACACGCACUGCAUCGAAAUUCAAGAGAACUGCUGGACCGGUAAUACUGCAAACAAUAUCGCAUUUCAUCGUUAACACUGUCACUAACAUCGGUUGAAGCACUGCAGAGCUCCUACUGAAUGAAAUCUGGAGUUUGUUCACUGAAAACAAAAACUAAAAUCUAUAUUUUUGUGUGUAUUUGUAGCCGUGGAAUACGUCCCGUCCCUGAGGGUAGUUUGGGACAAGAGUUUACUGCACCGUCCAGUCUUUAAUGUCACAUAAUAAGAGACAAAUAUGCUGAAUUAUACAGUAAUGGAGCACAAAAAUAGCAUCUAAAUUUUUUAUUUUUUUUUAAGUUCUGCUUCCAAACUAAUGUUAAAUCCUACAAAUGUGUUGGAAAGUUCAUGUUUCACUAAAGGAUUCCUUUAGACUUGCCUGGUAAGUCUAUAUUUUCUGUAUUUUCAGCAGUUUCCUGAUGACUGUACGAGUUGUUUUUUGUGGUUUAUAAGUGAGCUGUCUGCUCAAAACAUGACUGACUGGUCGUUUUUGGACCUUUAAAAUCAAAUGAAUGGCCAAAAGGUCUUCUGUCGACGUGACACUUCAAAAUAUUUCUAGAAGCUGCGCAAUUUCUAUGCAUUCCUGUAUGUUAAGUUGGUAAAAUCUAUCAUUUCAAUGCCUUAAAAAUGUUCAGAGAUAAUUUGUAAUUGACUUCUUGUAAGAAUGAUUUUUUUUUUGUAAAAUGUAUUUAACAUUUGUAGAUUUUUCCAGAGCUGAUUUUUGUAAACACUUUGAGCAAUCAGUUGAAGUUGUAAUACAUUUUCCUUUAAUGUAAUGUUUGUUCAAAUGAUACUGAAUAUGAUUUGUUAGUAAAAAGAUGUUAAAUUUAAUUUACGUCAGUAUAUGAUGUAAUCGUUGACUGGAAGGAAAUCACACCGACUGUACUGAAGAAAAUAGAUCUGUUUUUCUAUUACACAAUAAUUUAGUUACAAUAAAUAUAUUAAGUUAAAUUGA